AUGAGCAAAGGUCACCUUCCUGAGUUGAAAAAAUUUAUGGGCAAAAAGUUAUCAUUGAAAUUAAAUGGUGGCAGACAUUUCCAAGGAGUACCAGGGGGAUUUGAUCCCUUUAUGAAUCUUGUGAUAGAUAAAUGUGUGGAGAUGGCAACUAGUGGGCAACAGAACAGUAGUGGAAUGGUGGUAAUACAAGGAAAUAGUAUUAUCAUGUUAGAAGUCUUGGAACAAGUAUAA